UCACAUGAUCACGCCUGGGAUUGUCACAAAUUGCUGACUGCAGUAUGUGUUUACCAGUUGGAAACAGCUACUUAUGUUCGCAACAUGGUUCGGGCAGCAGCAAAAGCCUAUUACAGGUUUAUCUUGCUAAUUUUCAACUGCCUGCUGACAUUUGGCUCCUACUUCUGCUUUGACAUGCCCAGUGUGCUUCAGCAGCAGUUCCAGGGGAAUCUCACUUGUCUCAAUUCCACUGAGACCAAUAGGACAACAGAUUGUGUUGAGGGCCUGGGGAUGACACCGCAGCAGUACAAUCUUCUCUACGCUAUCUAUGCAUGGACCAAUGCUGUGGUGGUGACACUGUCUGGUUUCUUCAUUGACAAGCUGGGAAGUGGUGUUGGGAUCAUCCUUUUCUCCAUCCUUAUUGUUCUGGGCUCGGCUACUUUUGCUUUAGGAUCUCACUUCAAGGGCACAUGUUACCUCUUACCUCUGAUGCUCAUUGGCCGACUUCUCUUUGGCUCAAGCAAUGGAUCACUGAUCAUUGCUCAGGACCGAAUUAUUGCGUUCUGGUUUAAAGGUAAGGAGCUUUCGCUGGCUUUCGGCCUACAGUUGACUUGUUCCCGUCUAGGCAGUGUCCUCAACUUCUUCCUAACGCCCUCCAUCGACAGAAACUUUGGAAUUCAGUGGACACUUUGGGGAGGUAUGUUGCUGUGUGUUCUUAGUUUUUUCUCCGCCAUCAUUGUUAGUGUCCUGGAUAAAGUUGGCACAAAACAGCUUGGACUAGAUGCUGUCCUUCUGGAGGAUUCUAAAAAAGUGCGUUUCCAAGAUAUUCGUUAUUUGUCUCUCCGCUACUGGCUCCUUGUGGUCACCAUCAUGUUCUUUUACAAUGGGAUCUUCCCAUUUGUCGCUGAUGCCAGCAAAUUUAUUCAGGAUAAAUAUUCUGGGUACAGUCAGCAAGAAGCCUCCUAUAUUGCUGGUGCUAUCUACGAUGCCUCACUGCUGCUGUUUUCAAUCGCUGGGAUCCUCGUUGAUUAUGUUGGUCUGAGGGCAGUAAUUGCCCUGAUCUCUGCUGUACUGACACUCCCAGUUUUUGCACUCCUGGCUUUCACCUUUGUAUCCCCCCUGGUUUCUACGAUAUGGCUGGGAGUUACCUAUUCGUUUGCUGCUGCAAGUUUAUGGCCAUCCGUUUUCUUGGUAGUUCCUCAAGCAAAUAUCGGAAUAGCUUUGGGGCUUGCAACAACAGUGCAAAUGAUUGGUAGUGGACUUUGUAAUUUAAUAGUUGGACAGCUUCUUGGAAACCAGUCUAGGAGCCUGAAAAUUCCGGUGUGGCACUGGCAGAGAGUGAUGAUCUUUCUUCUGGCGAAUAUCAUCAGCUGUGUCAUAGCCUCCAUCUUCCUCAACAUAGUGGACAAACAGGAGGGUGGUGCACUGAAUAAGACGACUAAGCGUUCAGAAGCAGUACAAGAGGAAACUCCAGAACCGUCAGAAACAUCCCCUUUGCUGAGAGAGCAGUGAUGAGAAAAGAAUUAAUGGAGAUCACAGGAACAGUAACUUGCCUCUCUUUCAUUAGAAAUAGGUGAACUAAUCUCUUUGUAUACAAAGAGAUUCACCAGUGAUCAAUAGUCAUUCUUCUAGAGAAUUUAUUUAACUAUAAAU